AUGAGCUGGCAUGUCACUACGAGCCAGCUCGAACUACACGGCGAACCGCUUGCUAAGUCCUCGACGUCUUUCUCCAGGCAAAAGUACUGGGACCGCGACUAUGUCCAGGCCCUCGAAGACCAAGUCCGGCUGCUGUCCGCGUCUCUAGAGCAGUCCAAGGAAUCCAGCUCGUCCCAGUCCGCUUCCCCGGCCAGCCAGCCGUCCCCCUCGGAGCCAAAACAACUCCCGUACGGCCCGAAGAUGCUCAAGGCCCUGCACGACUUCGGAUCCGUCAAGUGGGCCGACGUCACCGGCCGGGAUGGACUCCCGAUGCUGGCCGGGCCGGGCCGCUUCUCCUUCUACUCCAACACCCUGCUGCCGACGUUUGAGGACGGCACGAAACCCUCGCCUCCCCCCAAGGAGGUGAUGUCGAAGGAGACGUUUCUGCUGGAAGUUGCCUCAAACUUGAGCUUGAAGCAGCAUCUCAAGGCGCACUUCCUUGACAACAUCAAUCCUUACUACAAGUUUAUCGAUCCUGUCUGGCUCAACUUCUCCGACUUGUUCCCUCACAAUGAUACGGCAUUGCAGUUUCUAUACAGCGCCCUUUUUGCGGCUGCCGCCUACUCAUCACCUGUGGCUACUAGAGAAAUCGCCGAUGCCUUUAUGACAUAUGCUGAGGGCCUGGUGCAGCAGUGUUAUUUGGAACACUUGUGUCUCCCUGUGUUGCAGGGUCUGAUGAUAAUUGCUUGGCAAAAGCAUGUGAUGCUGGAUGCGGCCAAGGGCCACCUAUAUCACUACAUGGCCAUCGGGCUGUCCAACCAUCUAAAAAUUAGAGACCUGCCGGCCCAGGAGCGAACUGUCAACGACGUGGCCACCAUUAGGACUUUUUGGUCCCUAUUUUUCCUUGACCGGAUUUCUACUCCAAAGUUAGGCGCCCCUACAGCGAUUCCUUGGGACCCCGACAACAUCACGCCGUAUAUCGACACGGUGUCACCGGAAUUGGUCGACGUGACCGCCCUCUCUUUUGACCACCACUGCCGGCUAUAUAACAUUCAGCAACGGUACAUCGACGUCAUGUACUCCCCCAACUUCCAACAGCGCCCAGCCACCGAAAAGCAAGCCAUCUUCGCCAAAGCAAACAACGAGAUGCUGGCCCUCCGGAAAAAGAUUGACAGACGCCUCUACAUCAGCCGCAACGUAAAGCCCGAUAGAGUCCAGGUCGUCUUCUGGAUCACAUAUCACUCCAUCUUGAUCAACCUCUACCGCCCGGUUCUCAACCCCAAAGACCCCGGCAUGGUUCACAACAUCCCUACAGCCUUUCGAUCCUCCACAGCCUCAGCCAUGGCAAUCACUCGACUGCUCAAAAGCCUGCAAGCGUCCGACGAGAUCAAGUAUCUCCCCCCAUUCAUCAUCUACCACGUCUUUCGCGCCGCGUUGGUGCACGGCCUCAACCUCAUCGCCGCUGAAGAAGCUGGUGGCCAGCGGAUGUCGUCGGGAAACUUCUGGUCUUGUUUCCGUGUGCUUGGGGAGCUGAGUGGUAUCUGGAAGGAGCUUUCUGAGGGCACGAUGCCUUUUGUGCUUAUGGCUACGAGGGGUUGGGGAUUCCAGGAAGAGGUGGGCGGGACAGAGGAAGAAGAUGAGGAAGAGGAUGAUUAUGAGGCGGGGAUAAACGACCUCCUUGGUGAGCUUGAGGGAGAAGUAGUGUAA